AUGACUCCUCCUCCUCUUCUCGCUCUGCCAUACGAGCUGCGACGGCAGAUAUGGACGCUUGUCCUGGGCCCAACCCAAGUCCACGCCUGCAAAUGCUCCUCAACACCUGGCAAGUGCACGUCCAAACACGUCGACGUAUGCUGUGAAGCGCUCAACGCCUACAAACUAUUCGAUAACCGCUUCCUAAGGGCAUGCCGCCAGAUCCAUGACGAAGUUCGUCCGUUGCUCAACUCGCCACCUCGAUUCAAUGUAUGCAGCGGGCUCUGCAUGGAGAGUUUGUUCUUGGGCAUCCAACCUCGUCAUCGGCGUUGGAUCAAGCAUGUGAGAGUGUAUGUGUAUAUCGGUGAUGCCACGCCAGAAGCUCUGAACGGUCAGAGUGGCCCAGAGCUGGUGCACAGAGCAGAGGCAUCCUGUGGUCGCUUCGUCCAGAGUGCACUGAAGUUUCAGGGAGUCGGACGUCUGUUAGAUGCGUCGUCAGUAAGAGAGAUCGAAGUUGAUGAUGUCGGAAGAAGAAAGCUAUGCGUGGAUCUAACGCUGGGUUGA